GGUGAAGAUGCGGCGGUCAUCUGAGCUCCGCAAAGGUCAAGUGUUAUCGAUCCCAAACACGCUCUAUAAAGUCGGAAUCAAACCUCCAAAAGUUUGGCUCGGGUCGAACAUGACGGCGGUGUUGCGUUCAGGCUCAUUAUCUUGUCUCUCUCUCUCUCGAGCGCGCGCCAGCUGAGCAGUAGGUGAUCAGACUCUGGUGCGUAAAAGACGCGCUCCUGGGCGGGGACAGCUUUGGAGACGCAUCAGUAGAAAAAACCCCCAGAGCACAACAGCACGACGCGCUGCGUGUACAGGUUGUUUCUCUCAUAUCUUCUGACAUUUUCUAAUUCUGAUCAGAUCCAGCCUCUGGAACUGCUGCAAACAUCUCGCUUGUUUGACUUUUUUUUUUUUUUUUUUUGGAACCGGUUGUUGCCAGAAACGCAAUGAAAGUCCACGGCGAUGGACUUUUCCGUCUCCUCCGUGGAGCGCGUACGGUCCCCCACAGCCGCCGCCGCCGCUCCUUCGCCGCGGUGACAACGGCAACAUAAUGGCACGCAGGAGCGGCUGCUGCUGCGGCUCCUCCGGCCCCAUCAACGAGGACAACGCGCGGUUCUUGCUGCUGGCGCUCUUCAUCGUCCUCUACCUGCUGUGCGGCGCCGCCGUCUUCUCGGCGCUGGAGCAGCCCAAGGAGCGGGAGGCGAAGGCGCGCUGGGCGCAGAGGUUCGAGCACUUCUCCCUGAAGCACAACCUGAGCAGGAGGGACCUGCGCGACUUCCUGAGGAGCUACGAGGAGGCGAACGUGGCGGGCAUCCGCGUGGACACGGUCAGACCCCGGUGGGACUUCACGGGAGCGUUUUACUUCGUGGGGACCGUGGUGUCGACAAUCGGGUUUGGGAUGACCACUCCCGCCACCAUUGGAGGAAAAAUCUUUCUGAUGUUUUACGGACUGCUGGGCUGCGCCGCCACCAUCCUCUUCUUCAACCUCUUUCUGGAGCGCGUCAUCACGGUCAUCGCCUUUGUCCUCAAGUCCUUCCAUGAACGGCGCCGCAACAAGGCUGUGCUGCCGCAGAAUGGACGCCGGGCGUCUGACGGCGAGAAGGUGGGCGAAGCCGAGGCGGGCGGAGUAGGAAAGCGUGAGGCCCUCGCCGGCUGGAAACCCUCGGUUUACUGCGUCAUGUUCAUUCUCGGAGCGGCGGCAAUCUUGGUGUCCUGUUGCGCCUCGCUGAUGUACUCGGCGGCUGAAGGCUGGGGCUACUUGGACUCGCUUUACUUCUGCUUUGUGGCCUUCAGCACCAUUGGGUUCGGGGAUAUGGUCAGCAGUCAGAGGGUCUCCUACGAGGGUCACGCCACGGCUGCGUACCGGGUCGGAAACUUUUUCUUCAUCCUCACCGGCGUCUGCUGCAUCUACUCCCUUUUCAAUGUCAUCUCCAUCGUCAUCAAGCAGGUCCUCAAUUGGCUGCUCAGGAGGUUGGAAGCCUCUUGCCACUGCUGCUUCUAUAGGAAGGGUCCUCACCCACACCGGCACCCUCGCCGGAACGUGGUGGCCCCGGGACAUCUCCGUGCCCGCAGGGACCCCUCCAUUGAGACGGACGCCAUCAACGAGAGCGAGACCGACCCGGGCCGCAGGAUGUCUGGAGAGAUGAUCUCCAUGAGGGACUUCUUGGCUGCCAACAAGGUGAACUUGGCCAUCAUGCAGAAGCAGCUGUCGGAGAUGGCGGUCGGACACCCGCGGCAGUCCGGCGGCUCCUGCUCGCAUCAGAACGGCUUCUCGGGAGGGGUGGGCGCCCUGGGCAUCAUGAACAACCGGCUGGCAGAGACCAGCGUGGACAGAUAAGGAGUUGUUUAAAAAAAAAAAAAAACAGAUACAGAAGAUUGAAGAGGAAGAGUCCGAGGCGGGCGUGGGCUAACUGAACCCCUCUACCCCCAGCAGCCUCCUCUCAGCAGGCGCAAGCGAAUCCAUCUCUGUCCGCUUUCCUUUCAGGAACUUGACUCCGUGUCAGUUUGCUGAAAUCUUUCAUCCGGACCAGAGUGCUGGAAUGUUCCCUGGUGAUGAACCCAGUUUCCAUGGUGAUAAAUAAAAAAAAGGAAUAAGCCUG